AUGCAUGAUCAAUGCCACAUGGCGAUGCUAGUAAGCACAUCUCGCGAGUUUAAGCGUCGAUCUCGAACAGGAUCGCGUCGAUAUAUCUUUCGACCUAUCUGGCUAUCCUGCAGUAGCAUGAACUAGCAUCCAUCUCUUGCAGCCCUGCCCUUGGGCGCAGUAUAUAAGCGCCCAGCACCUGAGGCUUUCAUAUCUUGCUAUCAAGUGGCCACCAGCAGAGUAUCGGACAGUGAGAGGCCAUCGCCAUGCCGAAGCUGCAGAGGUUCAGAGGAGUGAGGCAGAGGCACUGGGGCUCCUGGGUCUCCGAAAUCCGCCACCCACUGCUGAAGACGAGGAUCUGGCUGGGCACGUACGAGACGGCGGAGGACGCGGCGCGGGCGUACGACGAGGCAGCGCGGCUGAUGAGCGGGCCCGCUGCGCGCACCAACUUCCCUGCCAGCAGCAUCGGCGGCUCGGGCGGCACCCUCUCCCCGACGCUGCGCGCGAAGCUGGAGAAAUGCUGCACGGCGUCGGCGCCGGUGCAAGAGGGCGCCAACACGUCAAGAACGGGAGGCGUCGACGGCAGCGGCCUCGGCCGGGAACACGAGGACGUGAAAGCUGAGCACGGCGGCGACGGCGAGUACAUCGAGGAGAUGAUCAGGGAGCUCACGUACUACGGCUCCGUGGAGAUACAACACCCCUCCUCCUCCUCCUCUGCCGCCGCCUGUUCGAGCUCGGCGAUUAGGUGACCGGCCAGCAGCCAGAUUAGCCGGCUAGCUGAUACAGUCGUUGUCAUCUACCGCGUUGUUUUGUUAGGCGCAUUAGCCAUUAGGGGUCCAGAGGAAUGGAACGUGAGCUGCAUUUGCACCUGGAGGCUGGGACCCUUCCUGCGGUGGGAUUGAGCCGUGUACAGAGCGGGAAGGGGACCAAGGAUCUUUCAGGAUAAGGGUCUCGAUUUGGUUGGUGAUGUGAAAUUUGUUCGGGCCUUGUCGUUUAGGUUCUUUGGUAUCUGAGCUUUAGCCGCUUUAUCUU